AUGACCACCCGCAAACCCCUCCUCCGCAUCCCCUACACCACCCCCCUUCCGCCGCCCCCAAUCCUCCCUUCCACGGCAACCUCCCUUCGCGGCGCAGUUGCUGCCCUCGCGCACUUCCUUCACGCCGCCCCGCCCCGCCCCGACCUCCCCCUCUCGACUGUAGUCCUCACAGGCGCAGGCCUCUCCGUCGCCAGCGGGCUCGCCGACUACCGCGGAGCAAAAGGCACCUACCGCGUGAACCGGACGUAUCGACCGAUCUAUUAUCACGAGUUCUUGACGAGUCAUGAGGCGAGGAAGAGGUACUGGGCGCGGAGUUUCCUGGGGUGGACGACACUUCGUGAUGCGGAGCCGAAUGCAGGGCAUUAUGCGAUCGGGGAGUUGGGGAAACUGGGAUUUGUGCGCAGCGUGGUGACGCAGAAUGUGGAUUCUUUUCAUAGGAGGGCGCACCCUGAUCUCCCGACGCUGGAAUUGCAUGGGAAGCUACGCGCCACAGUGUGCGUGUCGUGUGGGGGGGAGUUUGAGCGGGAGCUGUUCCAGCAGGAAUUGGCGAGGUUGAAUCCGGUGUGGGAGGGGUUUUUGCGAGAGGUGUUGGAGAGCGGGGCGUUGAGGACCGAGGAUCCGUUGGAGAAGAGGGAGCGGGGGUUGAGGAUGAAUCCGGAUGGGGAUGUGGAGGUGCCCGGUGCGCCGUAUACUACGUUCAGGUAUCCGGCGUGUCCGAAGUGCUUGAUGGAUCCGCCUUACGGGGAGGAUGGCAAGAGAUUGAGGGUCGAGGUGGAUGAUGAUGGGGCGUGGAGGGCGGGGAGUGAGGCGGGGGUGUUGAAGCCGGCGGUGGUGAUGUUUGGGGAGAGUAUAGCACCAGAGGUGAAGCAGGCCGCUGAGGAGGCGAUUGAUAACGCCGGGAAGUUGUUGGUGCUGGCUACCUCGUUGGCGACGUACUCGGCCUGGAGGCUGGCGAAGAGGGCGAAGGACAGGGGUAUGCCCAUCGCGAUUGUGAAUAUCGGUGGUGUCAGGGGAGAGGAGGUGUUCUUUGCUGACGUCAGUCCCGACCAGCCGGGUAGCCAGGGCGCGAGAGUGGAGAUGUCGACCGAGGAGUUGUUGCCGGCGCUUGUGCAGGAGCUUCGCGGGGUAUCGUCAUCGUCGUCACAUGUCGUGUCGACUGAGAGGAGCGAGGGCUCUGUGUUUAGGAAUAUGUUACAAUAG